UGAGUCUCAUGAGACUUAUUAUGGCAUUUGCGACCUGCCGGGAACCAACAGGGCUGGUAAAAAUGUUACAGGUUCGUUGUAUUUAUUGGAACGUGACCACCGGAGAUGAACUUUCUCCGAAAUGAUUGCGGGUGCUCUGGUGAAUGAUUGACAGCAGAGGCUCGCCUGGUGCUCUGUGGACUUUAAUGGACAAACUGGAGUUACCGUUUAGUUUUAAUCAGCGUCUGAAAGGUGAAUGAAACUCUGGUCCUGAUCUUUCUAGCAGAAGAAAGUUUUCUUUGAGGUUUCCGAGAUGGACUCAAACUAAAACAAGCUGCUCGUUUACCAUUUGUCUUGUUUUAAUGACUCCAAAUUAAUCAUUUUAAAACACUUUAAUGUUUAUUUUCUAUAUGGCAUCUACGGUGAGGCACGCGCCGUCCAGCCCGGUGUUCCCGCGGCCCCUCAUGCUGCUGCUGCUGCUGAUCCCGUGUCCUGAUCUCACGUUAGGAGCUUCCAAAGAUCUGGUAUGUGAGCCCAUAACUGUGCCUAUGUGUAGGGGCAUUGGUUACAACCUGACUUACAUGCCCAAUCAGUUCAACCAUGACACCCAGGAAGAGGUAGGUCUGGAGGUGCACCAGUUCUGGCCCCUGGUCCGGAUCCGCUGCUCUCCAGACCUGCUCUUCUUCCUGUGCAGCAUGUACACCCCGAUCUGCCUGCCAGACUACCGCAAGCCGCUGCCACCCUGCCGCUCCGUGUGUGAACGGGCCAAGCGAGGUUGCUCCCCUCUGAUGAGCCAGUAUGGCUUCGAGUGGCCCGAGAGGAUGAGCUGUGAACAGCUGCCCCAGCUGGGCGACGAGACCUUGUGCAUGGACCAGAAUAGCAGCGAGACCACCACCCUGGCCCCACCGUUCCCCAAACCCACCCCUAAAGGGCGAACCAGACCCCCCAGUCCCCCGCUGUGUGACAGGGAGUGUCGCUGUCGGGACCCCCUGGUCCCCAUCAAGAGGGAAUCCCACUCUCUGUACGGGAAGGUCCACACCGGGCCCUUGCCCAACUGUGCCCAGCCCUGCCACCAGCCCUACUUCUCAGCCGACGAACGCGCCUUCACCAGCUUCUGGCUGGGACUCUGGUCGGUGCUGUGCUUCAUCUCCACCUUUACCACAGUCACCACCUUCCUCAUUGACAUGGAACGCUUCAAGUACCCCGAGAGGCCCAUCAUCUUCCUGGCUACGUGCUACCUCUUCGUCUCUUUGGGUUACAUCAUCCGCCUGGUGGCAGGUCACGAGCGUGUGGCGUGUGGCACCAGUGUUGGUGGCGACCAGCUGCACAUCCUCUACGACACCACCGGCCCCGCUCUCUGCACCCUCGUCUUCUUGCUGGUGUAUUUCUUCGGCAUGGCCAGCUCCAUCUGGUGGGUGGUGCUGUCCUUCACCUGGUUUCUGGCUGCAGGGAUGAAGUGGGGCAGCGAGGCCAUCGCAGGAUACUCUCAGUAUUUCCACCUCGCCGCCUGGCUCAUCCCCAGCGUCAAGUCCAUCGCCGUCCUGGCUCUCAGCUCUGUGGACGGGGACCCCGUGGCUGGAAUCUGCUACGUGGGGAACCAGAGUCUGGAGAAUCUGAGGGGAUUCGUACUUGCACCUCUCGUGGUUUACCUCUUUACUGGCUCGCUUUUCUUACUCGCCGGGUUUGUUUCUCUCUUUCGCAUCAGGAGCAUCAUCAAGCAAGGUGGCACCAAGACAGACAAGCUGGAGCGGCUGAUGAUCCGCAUCGGCCUUUUCACAGUGCUGUACACCGUCCCCGCCACCAUCGUGGUGGCCUGUUUGGUCUAUGAGCAGCACUACCGGCCUGGCUGGGAGCGAGCCUUGGCCUGCUCCUGCCAGUCUGAGCGCCAGCGCUCGGGAGUGGGCCCAGACUACGCCGUUUUCAUGCUCAAGUACUUCAUGUGCUUAGUAGUAGGCAUUACCUCAGGAGUCUGGAUUUGGUCAGGAAAAACCCUGGAGUCCUGGAGGAGGUUUAUGGCACGAUGCUGCCCCUGCUGGCUGCAGAAAGCCACUGCUCCCCCCUCCAUGUACAGUGAGGCCAGUACCGCUUUAACUGGACAUACUGGCACUGGGCUGACAUCAGGGAUCUACCAUAAAGCUGCUCCAUCCCACAUUUGAACUCACAGUCUGUACAGUCACCUCUCUGGACACCCAGAAAUAAACUACCCAAACAGCCAAAAGUGUGAGUGUGGACAAACAUCUGCAGGACUCCGUGCUUGAGUAUCACUGCGCUCUGAAUUUCAGCUCUGACAAUAACUAGAAGAUUGUGAUCAAUAACACAAUGCACCAAAACAUUCAGAGCAUAAAAAUGGACAUAAAAACAUACGACCUGUGUAAAAUAAUUUAAACUAGAGAAAAUCCUACACGGAAUAUUUUAAAGAGAAAAGUGACUCAACAAUUUAAAACUGCUUUUCUAAGCUGUAGAGCUGAAACAGUUGAUCAGACUUGACAUUUACUGACAAAACAAUUUUCAGACCCCACAGACUCACCUGGAUCCAUAA